AUGGAUGAUAGUCUCUACGAUGAGUUCGGGAACUAUAUAGGUCCCGAAAUCGAGUCUGACCAGGAGAGUGAGAGGGAGGAAGAAGAUGAGGAGCUUCCGGAUAGGACGGAUGAUAGAGGCGCAGCAUCCGACGGUGACGAUGCUCCGAAUGGGUGGAUGACGGCUUCAAAUGACGUAGACAUGGACAACCAGAUUGUGCUUGCUGAGGAUAAGAAGUAUUAUCCUACUGCAGAGGAGGUUUAUGGCGAAGAUGUUGAGACAUUGGUCAUGGAUGAAGAUGCCAUGCCGCUUGAGCAGCCGAUUAUCAAGCCGGUUCGGAAUGUUAAGUUUGAGGUUGGUGUCAAGGACUCUUCGACUUAUGUGUCCACACAGUUCCUUGUGGGGCUUAUGUCGAACCCUGCGCUGGUGAGGAAUGUGGCGCUUGUGGGGCACUUGCAGCAUGGGAAGACGGUGUUUAUGGAUAUGUUGGUUGAGCAGACACAUCAUAUGUCUACUUUUGAUGCGAAUAGCGAUAAGCACAUGAGGUAUACUGAUACGAGGAUUGACGAGCAGGAGAGGAGGAUAUCUAUUAAGGCUGUUCCGAUGUCGCUUGUGCUUGAGGAUAGCAAUUCAAAGUCGUACUUGUGCAAUGUCAUGGAUACUCCUGGUCAUGUCAAUUUCUCUGAUGAAAUGACUGCUUCACUCAGGCUCGCUGAUGGUGCUGUCCUCAUUGUGGAUGCUGCAGAAGGGAUGAUGGUAAAUACUGAGAGGGCUAUACGCCAUGCAAUCCAAGAGCGCCUACCAAUUGUGGUUGUGAUCAACAAGGUUGACAGGUUGAUAACAGAACUAAAAUUGCCCCCAAGGGAUGCUUACUUCAAGCUUAGGCAUACACUGGAAGUGAUUAAUAACCACAUAACAGCUGCCUCUUCAACUGCUGGUCAUGUACAAGUCAUUGAUCCUGUUGCUGGAAAUGUAUGCUUUGCAAGUGCUACUGCAGGAUGGUCGUUCACAUUGCAAUCAUUUGCGAAGCUCUAUGUUAAGCUUCAUGGGAUCGCUUUUGACGCUGACCAGUUUGCUUCUCGUCUAUGGGGAGAUAUGUAUUAUCAUCCUGAGGACAGGUCAUUCAGAAGAAAACCCCCUGUAAGUGGAGGAGAAAGGUCGUUUGUGCAGUUUGUGCUUGAACCUCUGUAUAAAAUUUAUAGCCAGGUGAUCGGAGAACAUAAAAAGAGUGUUGAGGCAACUCUUGCUGAGCUUGGUAUCACCCUUAGCAAUGCAGCUUACAAAUUGAAUGUUAGGCCUCUACUGAGGUUGGCUUGUAGCUCAGUCUUUGGAUCUGCCUCGGGCUUUACUGAUAUGCUAGUGCAACAUAUUCCUUCUCCUAAAGAUGCUGCGACAAGGAAAGUGGACCACACAUAUACUGGACCAAAAGACUCUGAGAUUUACAAAGCCAUGAAAACAUGUGAUCCCAAUGGCCCGUUGAUGGUUAAUGUUACCAAGCUGUAUCCCAAGUCCGAUUGUAGCGUGUUUGAUGCAUUUGGUAGGGUUUACUCUGGGAAGAUUCAGACAGGGCAGACAGUUCGUGUACUGGGAGAAGGUUAUUCACCUGAUGAUGAGGAGGACAUGACGGUUAAAGAAGUAACAAAGCUAUGGCUUUAUCAAGCUCGGGAUCGGAUACCUAUAGCUGAAGCUCUUCCUGGUACUUGGGUUCUCAUCGAAGGUGUGGAUGCUUCCAUAAUGAAGACUGCCACUCUUUGUAAUGAGACUUAUGAUGAGGAGGCAUACAUAUUCCGUCCACUUCAGUUCAAUACACUCCCAGUGGUGAAAACGGCAACUGAGCCUCUGAAUCCCAGUGAGUUGCCAAAGAUGGUGGAGGGUCUUAGAAAGAUCAGCAAGAGUUACCCUCUUGCCAUCACCAAAGUUGAGGAGUCUGGGGAGCACACAAUCUUAGGUACAGGAGAAUUGUACUUGGAUUCCAUCAUGAAGGACCUCAGAGAGCUCUACUCCGAAGUAGAAGUCAAGGUUGCAGAUCCUGUUGUUUCAUUCUGCGAAACAGUUGUGGAAUCUUCAUCAAUGAAGUGUUUUGCUGAAACACCAAACAAGAAGAAUAAAAUAACUAUGAUUGCAGAACCGUUGGAGAGAGGACUUGCGGAGGACAUUGAGAAAGGUGUAGUAAGCAUCGAUUGGUCUAGGAGAGAUAUAGGUAAUUUCUUCCAGACUAGAUAUGAGUGGGAUGUUCUUGCUGCAAGGUCCAUAUGGGCAUUUGGUCCUGAUAAGCAGGGACCCAACAUACUACUAGAUGACACACUCUCUACCGAAGUUGACAAGAGCUUACUGAAUGCCGUGAAAGACUCGAUUGUGCAAGGGUUUCAGUGGGGUGCUCGAGAAGGACCCCUAUGUGAUGAACCCAUCAGAAAUGUUAAGUUCAAGAUAGUUGAUGCAAGGAUUGCACCUGAGCCUUUACAUCGUGGAUCUGGUCAAAUCAUUCCCACAUCUAGACGUGUGGCCUAUUCAUCUUUCCUAAUGGCAACCCCACGGCUCAUGGAGCCGGUAUAUUAUGUGGAGAUACAAACGCCAAUCGACUGUAUAUCUGCAAUCUACACUGUUUUAUCUCGCAGGCGUGGACAUGUUACAGCCGAUGUACCUCAACCCGGGACCCCAGCUUACAUUGUUAAGGCAUUUUUACCUGUCAUAGAAUCGUUUGGUUUUGAGACGGACUUGAGGUACCAUACUCAAGGACAAGCUUUUUGCCUCUCAGUCUUUGAUCAUUGGGCUAUAGUUCCUGGAGAUCCUCUUGACAAGAGUAUUGUUCUGCGACCACUUGAACCCGCACCGAUUCAACACCUGGCUCGUGAAUUUAUGGUCAAGACAAGGCGUAGAAAGGGAAUGAGUGAGGAUGUGAGCAUCAGCAAAUUUUUCGAUGAGGCCAUGAUGGUGGAACUGGCACAGCAGGAAGCUGAUAUUCACCAGCAAAUGAUAUGAUUGGCUUCAUGGAGAGAGAUUGUAGGCAAAUUUCAUAGGAUGCAACGUAAACAUCGAGUCAUUGUUUUAUGCCAAAAGAGAAGUUAUACAGUUGUAAGUUCCGGCUGUUGUAUUGUGAUUUUUGCUACUGUUUUGUUGAAAAUUAGUUUAAAAUUGUGGCCUUCUUACAGAUCCGUGAAAAUCAUUUUUAAUUUUCUGCUGACCCAUUUUCAUUAUUAUUUUCUUCUUCAUUCAGAGAUCAAUGAACACAACUGUUAAUUUCCACCUGAUG